ACUCCUAACCCCCAUCUCCCUCCCAUCCCUCCACCCCUUCCUAUAAUUCCUUCUCAUUCUCCUCAUGCCGCUGUCGCAUCAUCUACAGGUCCUACCAUCCUCCCCAACCAGCAUUGUCGCUCUUCAGCCAAACUUGUAUCUACGCCCCAUCUUCCUUCCCCUACAAUUCCAGAAGCAAUUACCGAUGAUAUAGCUAGGGCUAAAGAUUUCGAAAUUCAACUAGGUGUCUAUGAUAUUGAUGAACGCCAUCCACCUGUUUCAUCCGUAGGUAUCACUCGGCUCCCUAGCAGCACCGAUGCUACUUCCACUAUUUCGGUCGAUGCCGUUACUGCACGCCGGCGUCGUCUUGAUCCACGCCUCGUCGCCAGAGGCAUGAUUUCUGUUAAGGAAGCCGUAACGUCUACAGCCCAUGAUGUUGAUCAUCGAAUCCUUACCUCAUCAUUUAUGAGUUCUCAAACUGCAACUGCUCCUCCCACUGGCCUCAAUCUGUCUUCUUCACCAACAACAAUUUUGAGCACUUCUGCAGAUCAGAUUCCGGAUAGCGCAGAGUCGCCCGACUCUAAGCCGUACAUACCUCCAAGCAGCCUAACAGAUGGGGAUGUGGAUAGUGAAGAGAUUAAGGCGCCUGCCUCUCCUGAGGAUUGUAUGAAGUGGGACUUCUCUUCAAGUGGAGCUUCGAAUCUGGAAUGCGUUCAGCCCAAAGUAAUCCCUCUGUUUGCUAGUCCUUGUGCUCUCUUCUCCACAAGAAUUCAAUGUGAAGCUGACACAACCGAGGAUAUGAGUGAUUUUAACAAGAUAGAGGAGGAUACUAUUAUGGCAAAAAAGGACACAAAAUACGAAUUGGAAGAGGACGAGAAGGAUCAUUUUGAUAAUCUCUCAUCCUCAAUCAAGCUAGAGCCUGUUAGCUAUUCUUUCGUCGAUGCCCCUUUUGAAUUCGACCCCUGCCCUGAGCUAUGUCCUUCGGACUUUUCCAGCUCACCAGCCGUGACUGGAACACCAGUAAAACUGCCAACAGGUUCUGCUUCAAAUUACGCUGAUUUGUCAGAUAACUCCGAAUCUUGUCGUCAUCAGGCGCUCGGUUUGCUUGUAGGUGAUCUCUCGAUGAUCAGUGAUAUGGACAUUGAAGAUUCUUUCUGUAAAGACGAAGAAGAACAGGCUCAGGGGGAAAAACUCCAGGAUAUCGUAAAUGUAGUAGGAGGCAAGUGCCAGGUAAAGGAAGAAAUGAACGAAGGGCUGAAGCAUGCUCUUUUGCUCCAAUCUUCGAUAUCGCUGAAACCGGACCCAUCUAGCGAAGAUAUGCUGCGAUUAGAUAGUAAUUUUGUAUUGGCAAAUGCUGGACGCGAGGCUGAAGAAGGCGAGAUUGUUGACGAUGAAAACGAAUUGGAAUCUGAAGAGGAAAUUGAGGAAGAAGAUGAUAAUCAGGAAGCUAAAGUCGCAAAGAAUAAAUCAAAGUCAUCAGGGUCCCUGAGAGUUCACACAACAAAGUGGGUGGAGGGUGGAGGGUCUAUCCAUGCAUGCAAGUCUUUCGCAAUGCUCAACAAUGAUAAGGACAUAGAUUCGGCAAACUCUAAGGACAAAACUUCUGUGCUUAAUCAUUUUGCAUCGCUGUCACCUGGACUUUCUCAAUCACCUUCAUCUUUGUCAUCAAGAAGCCCAGCCAGCCAUCCCUCAGAUAUCGCCAGCCUGACAAGUGCAUCCGAAUCGUCGGAAGAGGAUGAAACAGGCGGAUUUCGUUCGGUAGUUCUACCAGCCUUGUCGGUUGGCACGAAUAAUGAGGAUAAAUUAUCUGGAGAUCGCUGUCGAAGUGAUCGGUCCUCUCGCUUUCCAAAAAAUCGAUCUACGCGAUCUCGAUCUCGAUCCAAAUCUCGCCCCUUUAUGCAUCGGAGUCAUCGCAUUUUUUACGGCCGUCGUGAGGGGGACAGGCAUUGGACACACUCUCCACAUUCCUUUUCUGCAGAAACAUACCGAAGACGUCAUCGACAACCUGCAGCCCGUGAUACGCCUCGGCGACGUGGAGCCUCAACGUCGCCCGAGCGGCGGAGUCAGACCAGUGGUCAUACUAGUCGAUGGUUAAAUCAGACUACAGUUCGAAAAAAUCGCAUUCGUCAGUCGCGUCACAGCCCCAGCCACAUUGAAGCUGAUGCCGUUCGUGAUGGUGACCUGCGUCCCGAAUUGCCUGAGCGGCAUCAGCGGCAGAGAGUAGAACGCCUAAGGCAUCACGGAUCAGAUCCACGUCGUCGGUCU